UCAACUACACUCUGCCGCUCUGCGUUCAUUUCAUUCCUGCUCCCAUUCCGCGCAUAUUUCUCAUCCUUGGACAGACGGCUGCGCAUUCUACGUACUCCGCGACCCCCCUCCAGCCCUUCACCGGAGCCGAACCGAGGCAAGCGAGGGCAUCUUUACCGGAGUUUGACCCGGCGUUACCUCCGCUUUGGAAAAAAGUGCGAGGAUUCAUCCGAGAAGAGGUGCUUUGAAUCGAGAUUUUCAGCCAUUUGGAAAGUGUCCUUCCCACCACGUCUCCUGGACAAGCCCACCACCGCCUUCAACUGUUCAGCCAUCUUUCUGAAUGUCCCCGUGCGUUUCCCUUUGGAUCUGAGAUAAACACGUACGAGCUUAUUGUUAGCACCUGUUAGCAGCCAGCAUGGAGCGCAGCAGCUGGAGUGGCAGUGAGAGUCCAGGUGAGGACAUGGAUAGACUGAGUGACUCUGGAGGGGACAAGACCAUGGACGGGGAUCCGGAGGGAGUGUGGAGCCCCGAUAUCGAGCAGAGCUUUCAGGAGGCGCUGGCCAUCUAUCCCCCCUGUGGACGAAGGAAGAUCAUACUGUCAGAUGAGGGCAAGAUGUAUGGUCGGAAUGAGCUGAUAGCCAGAUACAUCAAGCUGCGAACGGGCAAGACGCGGACGAGGAAACAGGUAUCCAGUCACAUCCAGGUCUUAGCCAGAAGAAAAUCCCGGGAAUUUCAGUCCAAACUAAAGGACCAGAAUGCAAAGGAGAAAGCCCUGCAGAGCAUCUCAUCCAUGUCGUCCGCCCAGAUAGUCUCAGCCACAGCCAUCCACAGUAAGCUGCUGCCUGGGAUUGUCCGAGCCAGCUUCCCUGGCAACACACAGCUGUGGCAGGGCAUGAUCCCCGGAGGACAGUCCAGCUCUACCGCAGAAGACAUCAAGCCCUUCUCGCAGCAAGCCUACCCCGUUCAGACAGCAGGGACCACCACCAUCCCAGGCUACGAACCGCCCGCUGCCGCCCAGACGCACAGAGAGCCAGCAUGGCAGGGCCGCUCCAUCGGGACCAACAAACUCCGACUGGUGGAGUUCUCCUCGUUCCUGGAGAGUCAGAGGGAGCAGGAGGCAUACAACAAGCACCUGUUUGUGCAUAUCAGCCAGUCGAGCCCGAGCUACAGCGACCCCCUCCUGGAGUGUGUGGACAUCAGACAAAUCUACGACAAGUUCCCUGAGAAGAAAGGAGGUCUGAAGGAGCUAUUCAGCAAAGGCCCACAAAAUGCAUUCUACCUGAUUAAGUUCUGGGCGGACCUGAACUAUAAUGUACAAGAUGACCCAGCUGCCUUCUAUGGCGUCACCAGUCAGUACGAGAGCUCUGAAAACAUGACCAUCACCUGCUCCACCAAGGUCUGCUCCUUUGGCAAACAGGUGGUGGAAAAAGUGGAGACGGAGUACGCCCGCUUUGAAAAUGGUCGCUUCGUCUACAGAAUCAGCCGUUCCCCAAUGUGCGAAUACAUGAUCAACUUCAUCCACAAACUCAAGCACCUGCCUGAGAAGUACAUGAUGAACAGUGUGCUCGAGAAUUUCACUAUUCUGCUGGUGGUGAGCAACAGAGAGACCCAGGAGACACUGCUGUGCAUGGCGUGUGUGUUUGAAGUGUCCAACAAUGAACAUGGGGCACAACACCACAUUUACCGCUUGGUCAAGGAAUAACACAAACUUACCCCGUCCCAUGCUACAACGAUGGCCUUCUGAAGAGUCUUUCAGCCAAAUACUUUAGUGAAGGAACCAGCUGCCUUGUUUAACGCUGCCCCAUAGUCCUGUUUGAGAGGUGGACAUGGCAGGAUGGCAAGACUAUAUCAAUUGACCAAGAGGAUUCGCAACAAAAACACGACCAAAACAUCACCACCCCAAGAAUCAACAACCAUUUUGUAUUUUUGCUUUCAAUGGUGGUGAAUUGGGGCUUGGUCCUAUUUGGGAAAUUCCUCUCAGGUGAUUGGAAAAACAUGACUGGCCUAAUAUAUGUAUGUGUGUGUGUGCGUAAAACCUGUCAAUGGAAACCGAAGUUCAGACCCUGUGUUUCACCAAUAUUCAGAAGAAAUAAUAACACUACUAUCUGCAGUGAUUUUGUACAGAAAACUAAAUGUGUGUCUUCUAACACAAAAAGGUCUGUCCCAAAGAGAUGAAUCACAUUUUACCCACCUCUUGUAUGUUGAAAUGACUGAAGCAUCUAAACACGAUUAUCAAUAGUUACGUAUAGACUAUAUUUUAAUUCAAGAUAUCUAAAAUAAUGUAAUUAAGAGAUUUAAAACAAUUCAGGUAUCAUUUAAAUGGGUUUUAGAUGGGGGAAUAAAUGUCAAAAAAGUCAAAUGCCCAUUUUGAAGCACUCUGAUGCCAAUACAAGUCAUAAUGUAUCAAAUUAAUCAUGUUUAUAUGCCGGACAGAAGUAAAGCUUUAACAUACUGUAUAUAUAGAUCACUAACCAUUUUCAAAUGGCCCAAAACAGAAUCUAUCCAUCUCUCUGUAAAAACAAAUUAAAAAGAGUAAAAAUUUUGCAUUGAUAGAUUAUUAUAUAAAAUAAACAAUAGAAAUAAACAUUUCUUUUAUCAAAAACCAAAAAAGCAGACAUGCUUCAGCUGCAUGAAGUGCCUUUGAAUGGGAGCAGUCAUUUGGGAUGAAAAAAUAUUAUUCGACAAAUGCACAUGUUUUAAGUGCUAGGAUAAUUUUUACAAACGUCAUGCUAAUUGGUUUGUUUUGGGGCCAGCCUUAUUCGUUCUGUGUGUGAAAAACAUAAGCCUGACUAGAUUUGAUGUUAAGCACAAUGGUCAUUAUUAUAGGCUGUCUUUAUUUUAAAUUACAAGUGCUCUUUGAGGCCCUCUGGUGACAAGUGCAGUCUAACCCGAAGCCGUGUAUUUCCUCUCGGAUUUGCUUGUGGUUUGGAGGAACUUUCUGCUAAAUCCCAGCUUUGGUUGUUCUUGGAAAGGUCCAUGCAGCAGCAGGAGUUUUUGUUGAGGUCACAUGAUGGUGUCAGCUAACACAGAGCUGGGACUCAUAGUGGAUUGAGCUGACAGUCUGGACUCUAUCUUCACCUGCCUGACCAAAGACACCCAUUAUUAUAUCACUACAAACACUACCAGGGCAAUGGAGUACUGGCACAACUACUUACAACUAUUAAGGGGUCAUUUACCCUGACACAAUUGAACGAUCAAGGUGUCAAUUUUUUAUUUUUUUAAACUUGAAAAUAUUAUCAGAUUUGUGUACUGUGUUAAGUAGCCAUGUAGGUAAUGAAUAGGAUCCUAAUUAAUCAGUGUUGAUGGCAAUUUUGUGGAAUUCUGAAGAAUGCAAUUUUGUUGGCAUUGUACAGUUUUGCAGUAACAUAUUGACACAUUAAAGAUUGGGUAAAAAUCAAGUUAUUCAUGCUAAUAAGGUUAGAUUAUUGAUAGAAUGAAUUCAAUGAGUUUUGUGCAUUUGAAAGCACUAUAAAAUACAAAGAAAUGUAUUGUUUUAGCAACAAAGGAAAAAAGGCACUAUGAACUUGCAAUGAUUUGUUUGUUUGAAGAUAAUCAAAGUACGCACUGAAUAUAAAAUGACUCCUUAAUAGUAAUGGUCUUAAAACAUACAGAUCUCAUUCAGCACGUAGACAGCCACUGACGGUUACAUCUUUUUUAAAUGUUAUAAUUUUUGUUUAAAAGUGAAGCUGUUUUUGAAGUUGUCAAGAUUUCCUCGUUGUAUUGUUACUGUUGUCUUGUCUGUGCCAGCUGCAUAUUUAUCUGCUUUUCUGAAAUCCUACAUGUGGCACUCAAGUCCUGUCUGUAAUCACAAAUCCAAAAUGGCCUUGAAUAUUCGGACCCAGUGCAGCCUGUGUGUGCACUAGAGGGUUUCUAUGGUGCUUUGUAUAAAAGUGACAAUAACCUUUAUUACAGAUGUUGUGUAUAUUUGAUAUACUAAUGUUUAUCCAAUUUUGUGAGAGUAUCUUUAGAAGAAUCCCCGCCUAGUGGUGUGUGUUGGUACUGCACAGGGUCUGAUCUUCGCUUUGUAACCCCUCCCUCAUGGCUACAAGUAUGGUAGAUAUUUUCUAGCUUUGUAGAAACUUUGUACCCAUAUGCUAUUCACUUGAAAUAAAUGGUCAGUUCAAAACUGU